AUGGACUUUGUGAAGAAGUGUAAGAGGGUAUGCAGAAGCAGCAAGAGAUUGCAUGCUGAAAAAGAAGACAUUGGCAAAUACGGUAAAUUGUCAGAGAAGCACAUGCAAAAGAAGAAGAAGAAGAAGAAUAAGCCUCAAGUGGCUCCGCAGGGUUGUCUUUUUGUCUACGUUGGACCUGAGAGACAAAGAUUCGUAAUAAAGAUCAAGCUCACAAACAACCCUUUGUUCAAGACUCUUUUGGAUGCUGCUGAGAAUGAAUAUGGUUCUAGAAACGAUGGUCCCCUAUGGUUACCUUGCAAUGUUGAUUUUUUCUCUGAGGCAUUGGCAGAGAUGGAGAGCCCUGAGGAUGAUAUGGGUUUUGUAGGUUGCAACUUUCCAAUGGGUCACAAGCAGAGCUCCUCAGUUUUCCACAGUCCAAUGUCUUAUCGUUCUAACCUGAGUUUUGCUGCCAAUUAUGAGCUUUUGUACUCCAUAUUGGGCCCGAACCUUGACAAGCUUCCUUCUCAGGAUGAAGCCAUCCAACUGUUCCAACUAUGGAAGAAAGAGCAUGGACGGGUCUACAAAGACCUAGAAGAGAUGGCAAAAAAAUUUGAAAUUUUCGUGUCCAAUUUGAAGUACAUAACAGAGUCUAAUGCAAAGAGAAGGUUUCCUUCUGACUACUGUCUUGGUUUGAACAAGUUUGCUGAUUGGAGCCCUAAGGAGCUCCAAGAAACCUACUUACAUAACCUUGAUAUGCCCACAGACAGUGGCAUGAAGCUCAAUGACUCAAACUGUAAUGCACCUUCAUCCUUGGACUGGAGGUCUUCAGGGGUUGUGACUGGAGUUAAGGACCAACGAAACUGUGGAAGUUGUUGGGCAUUCUCAGCCACGGGUGCCAUUGAAGGAAUAAAUGCAAUAUCUACAGGAAAACUUAUCAGUCUUUCGGAGCAAGAGCUUGUGGAUUGUGACCAUAUAAGCCACGGUUGUGACAUGGGAUGGGUGGAUAAAGCAUUCGAUUGGGUUAUAAAAAAUGGUGGAAUUGCUUUGGAACAUGAUUAUUCUUAUACUGGAAAGGAGGGUACAUGCAAAGCCUCAAAGAUUCCAAAGAGUGCAAGCAUUGAUAGAUAUGAUCACGUAGCACAAUCGGAUAAUGGACUGCUGUGUGCAACUAUUAAGCAGCCUAUUAGUGUGUGUCUGUAUGUAGCCACCGACUUUUUCCAUUACAAAUAUGGAAUCUAUGAUGGUCCUAACUGCCCAAUAAAUUCUACGGUUACAAAUCAUUGCGUGUUAAUAGUGGGAUAUGACUCGAAAGAUGGUGUGGAUUUUUGGAUCGUGAAGAAUCAAUGGAACACAACAUGGGGAAUGGAUGGUUAUAUGUGGAUCAAAAGAAACACUGGUUUACCAUUUGGGGUAUGUGCAAUAAAUGCAUGGGCUUAUAGCCCAAUUAAAUAUCAUUGA